AGAGUGGGGCAGCCUCCUUCCACUCUCUCAGCCUCCACAUGCAGGACUUCGUCAAGCUGCUCGGGUUGAGACAGCGGCGCGAAGUGGUGGGCAGAAGCGCCAUCUUCGGCGGGGAGCAUUUCGUGCUGGAGGAAACCGACUGGUACAUGCUGAACCUCUUCCGACUCUGGUGGCACUACGGCAUCAGCUUCCUGAGGCUGCAGAUGUGGGUGGAGGAAGUCUUGGAGAAAUUCAUGAGGAUCUACAAGUACCAGGCUCAUGGAUAUGCCUUCUCGGGCGUAGAAGAACUGCUCUACUCACUGGGGGAGGCCACCUUUGUCAACAUGACCCAGCGUUCAGUGGCCGAGUCCCUGCUCCAGGUGGGGGUCACACAGCGCUUUAUUGAUGAUGUUGUCUCUGCUGUCCUACGGGCCAGCUAUGGCCAGUCAGCAUCAAUGCCUGCCUUUGCUGGAGCCAUGUCACUAGCUGGGGCUCAGGGCAACCUGUGGUCCGUGGAAGGGGGCAACAAGCUGGUUUGUUCUGGUUUGCUGAAGCUCGCCAAGGCCAGUGUGAUUCAUGCCACAGUGACUUCUGUGACCCUGCACGCUACAGAAGGGAAAGCCCUGUACCAAGUGGCGUAUGAGAGUGACAAGGGCAACAGCUCUGAGUUUUACGACAUCGUGGUCAUCGCCACACCCCUGCACCUGGACAACAGCAGCAACAACAUCACCUUUGAAGGCUUUACUCCACCCAUUGAUGACAUUCAGGACUCUUUCCAGCCCACCGUGGUCUCCCUGGUCCAUGGCUACCUCAACUCUUCCUACUUUGGUUUCCCCGACCCUAAGCUUUUCCCCUUCGCCAACAUACUCACCACAGAUUUCCCAAGCUUCUUCUGCACUCUGGACAACAUCUGUCCUGUCAACAUCUCAGCCAGCUUCCGGCGUAAGCAGCCCCAGGAAGCGGCAGUGUGGCGAGUGCAGUCCCCGAAGCCCCUUUUCCGGACUGAGCUGAAGACCCUCUUCCGUUCCUAUUACUCAGUCCAGACAGGGGAGUGGCAGGCAGAUUGACCAAAAGGACUUAAUCCAUAAAGUCAAGACUGAACUGUGAGGGUUCCAGAGAGAGUCCAAGAACUCUGUCCCACACUGAAGAUAGAGCCCACUCCAGCAGCACAGGACUGACGAGGCCACAUUCAUGGGCUGCUCCGCUCUCUCUGUCCUCAUGUACUGAGCAGAUGUUCCCCCAUGUGGGUCCAGGUGACCUACUAUCUGCCUAAGGAUCCUCUUAGAGGCUGCCUUUUUUUUUUUUUUUUUUUUUUUUUUUAAAGGGAGAGAUUAAGAAACGGGAAGGGAAUUCAGGUCAGUGGUUUUGGAUUUUUUGUUUUUGGUUUUUUUUUUUGGGGUUUUUUUUUUUGGUUUUGGUUUUUGGUGGGGUGUUUUUGUUACUGUUCAAGAAGAAAUAAAAAUCCAUCCUCCUCCAAACCACUUCAGACUUCAUUUUCUCAGUAGAAGCCAAAAUGACUGUGAGAAGGAAUAUAAAGCAAAGAACUCAAUUUUCUCUCGUUUCCGUCUUCCAUUACCAACUUCCCUAAUGCACAGCCUACAGCAAAACAUUCACAACCAGCUACUUAAGAGAAGGCAAGAUCAGAAAAUGUCAGCAUUUGGAUGAACCAUCUGGUGCGGGUUCUAGUUCAGAAUGUCUUUAGAGACCAUCACCACACCUCCUGGCAACACUGCCCAUGACUGAUAGGACAUUUCCCCGACAUUGAUAUCUGUAGAGCUCUGGGCUACCUGUCAAUUGAGCAGGUAGAAAAAUGGAGACAAGUUGAGCGAUAGAAAGAAAGGAAGCUUUGAUAGCCCCUGAAGGGAUUGGCCGUUCUCUUUAAUUAAGGGUACAGGAGUCGUGAUGGAUCUGGCUUGCAAAGGAGGCAAGUCCUGGUAGAGUAGAGAGUGGUCCUACCACACCCCUGAAUUCCCCACCACCACCACCAGCAGGGGAAAGGAUGGUAUGGGAUGGAAUUCUUUGGAGGUUAAUCUGGUGCUUUCUCUGGCACUACCUUCAUCGAGAGAGAAUUGUGCUUUGCUUUUUCUGUAACUAUAAAGAUCAGUGGUAGAGUGCUUGCUUA